GCGUUUUCCUGAUUAUCCUCGAAUCUUACGCCCGUGUCGCACGCCACUGUUAUCCUUUCGCGAAACCGAUAUUCCGUACAAAUAGUACAAACAAAUUCUUACCAGCGAAACAAUACGGAUAUACUCGUAAAAAUGAUAUAUUCUGUUAUUAGAAUAUCAAAAGGAAACAGUCGGUUAUUCGUGAUAUUUCAUCUCCUUCUCUAAUACGUUGGACACAUCGAAUGACAAAUGUGGAGGCGCCACAUACUACGCGAUGCGAUUUUAUCGGGCAGCUUCGUAGAAGCGAAAAAUCGUUUCAUUCGGCUCUGCUUCGAUCACUCGAGGAGCUGCGGUAGUGACCUCAAUUUUUUACAGAAAAUUAUAUGUGAUGACAUUGGCUAGAAGAUUUUAAAGAAAUUCGUCGUUUCCAAAUUCCAUGUGACCAAUCACAAAAUGAAAACAAUCAUGUCUGCAUCGUUGACGAAAAGAAUCGUGUUCCAACAAUUUUCCCUCGUACGACGUUACGGAUCGUUUUCCAGCAGUGACUCAUGCGGCACGUUCGACCUGGUAAUCGUAGGCGGUGGCAUCGUUGGAUGUGCCACUGCCCGGGAAAUGAUGAUACGACACCCGAAUCUAAAGAUGGCGAUAGUUGAGAAAGAAAGUGCUUUGGCGAUGCAUCAGACAGGACAUAAUAGCGGAGUUGUACAUGCCGGCAUUUAUUAUACCCCCGGCAGCAUGAAAGCAAAACUAUGCGUGGAAGGUUUGAAACUGUCGUACGAAUAUCUUUGCAAGCACAACAUUCCCCACAACAAGGUUGGCAAAUUGAUCGUUGCUCAGAACAAAGAGCAGGUUAAAAGGAUAGACGAUCUGUUCGAUCGAGGAACGAAGAACAACGUACCGGAUCUUGAACUGGUCGACAAAGAUUGCAUACCGAAAUACGAGCCUAAGUGUCGAGGAGAAAAAGCACUGUGGUCGCCUUGGACGGGUAUAGUCGAUUGGGCCGUGGUCUGUAAGCGUUUCGCCGAAGAUUUCCAGAAGAUGGGCGGUCAAAUAUUUUUAAAUUUCGAGGUAACCGGUUUCGCGGAAAUGGCAGAAUCUCACGAUGAAAAUGAAUUGGUUCCCAUUUCGGUACAAUCCAAGCGGAAAUGUUUAGCAACGAAACACGUGUUGACCUGCGCCGGUCUGCACUCCGAUCGUUUAGCCGUGAUGACGGGUUGCGAUCGGAGCCCACGAAUCGUACCGUUUCGUGGCGAGUAUCUGUUACUGAGCGAAAAGAAAAAACAUUUAUGCACGACCAAUAUAUAUCCUGUACCGGAUCCCAGAUUUCCAUUUCUGGGCGUUCAUUUCACGCCCAGGGUGAACGGUGAUAUAUGGCUUGGUCCGAACGCUGUCUUAGCAUUUGCCAGGGAGGGUUAUCGAUGGCGUGACAUAAACAUAAAGGAUUGUAUAGAAAUGGCGAAAUUCCCUGGAUUAUACAAACUGUGCUUCCGAUACUUUAUACCCGGGUGCAAGGAAAUGAUCAAAUCUAUCUUUUACUCGCUAGCGGUGUCGGACUUGCAAAAAUUUAUUCCUCAAGUAACCGUCAAAGAUGUCAAGAGAGGACCAGCGGGUGUUAGGGCUCAGGCAUUGGACAACAACGGAAAACUAGUGGACGAUUUCGUUUUUGACGUUGGAAAAGGCAGUAUCGGCAGUAGAGUAAUUCAUUGCCGGAAUGCACCUUCCCCCGCCGCUACUAGCUCCAUGGCAAUCGCGAAGCAUAUUGCCGAUAAACUAGAAACUGAUUUUCAAUUUUAACCAUCCCAAAGAAUUUUCUACUCGUAAUGCAUGUUGUUUUGAUAUGACGAUAGAUUCAUUUAUUAUUUAUCACUGAUUUAUGCGCAUGUGUACGUGUACGUGUAUGUAUGUUACAUGUAUGUACAUAUGUAUAUCUCUUGUUACACGAUUAUACACACAAAUCUUUGUACUUCGGGAUACAGAAAUAAAACGAAGAAAAUCUCUGUUCGUACUGUACGAUUGUAAGAAUACCGCAUUAAAUGAUUCGAAAUCCAGUCCCCGAUAUCAUAAGACGCGAAUUUGCAAAAUCCCAAGCAGCAGUCGAAUGAUAUCCCAUAUUUGAAAGGACAACUCCAUAUUCGCUUAACGCAAACAUGGAAUAGACUGAAAUAAUGCGAACGAUUCGUUAUCCGGUUUCAUUUCGUUUUAACUAAACUGCAGGACUUACCUAGAGGCUCGCAAUAUCUAUUAUGCCUAUAGAAAAAAUAACAUGCACAUAUUGUAGACAGCACAUUUAACACCAUUGCUCUCCAUUUCCAUUUCAUGGAAGCAGUUUCCGAUGAUUCUCUUGUAACGUUACGACA